AGAGUUUCUAGUAUAUCGCGCUGUUCCACUGGAUUUAGGGGAAUUAGUUGCGGUCCAGUAGUCAGGCUAGUAUUAGCAGGUAUUAGAGUAAGACUCACGAUUUUUGGUUCUGCUGAGGCCAGCAGGUUUUUGAGGCCGAGCGUGUCGUUGAAAGUUGCGUAGCACCGUCCUGUUAGUCCGGCAUCCACGAGAGCAGCAACUCAAUAGAGCGAUAAUUGGACGCAGUUCCCUUAUAUGGGCAGGGGCUGGACUAACGCUAAUUGGUCCAUAUGGAUGUCAAUCACCAUUACAGAGAAUGCUGGGUAUCACGUGACCCAAGGACCUCCUAAGGUCCUGCAACAUACCAUAGAGGUUACUAGCUUGGUUACAUGACCGAAGGUCCUGCGACGCUGAACAAGAGCUCAAAUAGGAAAAGGUGUCAGGUGGAACCCUGCCUUUUUCUCUCACACUCAGUAUGGUAUAUAAGGCACCGGUAAACAUACGCAAUGGGCUCUGCAUUUCAUUGUCCAGCAACACAUAUCCGGCCAGGAUCUCAGUGGAGCAGAUCCUUAGGAGAUAUGAACUUAUCUCUGUUCAGGAGGUCAUGAAUAAAGAUGACACAGCCAUAAUAAGACUUGUCCAGGAGCUCAACUCAGCCACAGGCCUAAACUACAAUGUGCUGAUUUCUGACCAUCUGGGCCGUAGCUCGUACCGAGAGAAAUAUGUAUAUAUAUACAGAGAGGACAUCCUGAAGCCGACGGAGUGGUAUCACUACGACGACGGCUGUGAAAACUGCGGCACUGACGUCUUCAUCCGUGAACCUUUUGUUGCCCGGUUUUCAUCGGUGACAACCGAGUUGAAGGACUUUGCCUUGAUCUCCAUUCACACCAGCCCAGAUUAUGCCGUGCGGGAGGUGGAUGGUCUCUAUGACGCGUGGGAAGACGCCAAGCAACGCCUGCUUCUGGAGGACAUCCUGAUCUUGGGAGAUUACAAUGCCGGAUGCAAUUACGUGAAGAGCGCUCACUGGCCUACGAUUCGACUCCGUCAGGAAGCCGGUCUUCAGUGGCUCAUUGGUGACUCUGUAGACACUACUGUGAGCACCAAUACUCACUGCCCGUAUGACAGAUUAGUUGUUGGAGGAUCUAAGUUUCAGAACACAGUCAUUCCUGGCUCGGCUAAAGCUUUGAACUACCAAGUGGAAUAUGAUCUUACAUAUGAAAUGACCAAAGCCGUCUCGGAUCAUUACCCUGUGGAACUGGAGAUACGUAAUGAUUCUUUUUACAGCGGUCAGAAGUUCGGGAUCAGCAGCAGUAUUGGUAUAAGUGGAGGCCUAUCACUUAAUGGUGUCUGUGACUGUCUGGGGGUGGAUUUCACAUCCUGUGUGGGGCGCUGUGGUGCCAAUUCAAGUAGUUACCCAUGUAACUGUAAUGCUUCAUGUAGCAGCAGUAAUAGGUGCUGUGCGGACUAUCAGGCUACCUGUAAAGUGUAAUCUUGUUCAUCUCUGUCAGUAAUAGAGAGAUUUCCUUGUUGCCAAUAAACAAUAUCCAAUA